AUGCCUACUUCUGGUGGUCUUACGAGUGAUGAGGCAAACAGUGCUGCUUGGGAGGCUGGAAGAGGGGCGGUAGCUGGGGCUGUAAAAGUACGAACUUCCUCAAGAUGGGGAGACAUAUGGACUAAUAGGCGUCAGUGGGGUGCUGGUGCUGCCAUUCUCGGUGCUGCUGGAUAUGUAAUGUCUCCUAUCUAUAGAGGGUUGACUAUUCAGUUCAAGGUGUUUCUUCAGAUGUCAGGCAUGAUAAUGGGCUCUUGUUUAGAAGCUGAUCACAGCAUCCGGCAGUACGAAGCCAAGGUCCGAAUGGAAAAGCGUAUGAUCAGAGACCGAGCCGUUUGGGAACAAUAUGAGCAGGAGUAUGAGCAAGCUCCGCGCCAAAGAAGUCAUCAUGAGGAGAGCCAGUUUACGAGUAAUCGAAGUUCAUGA